CCGAGGUUUAAGUAUCGUCGGAGGGACUAUCGGUGCUGGCUGUCUCCUCGAGAAAACCAGUAUUCGGUUAACGUUAUCGUCGUUACCGUUCUCGAUCGUACAGUUCCGUCGUCCAUUAUCGUUCCGUCUGCGAAUCGUUUCAACGACGUUCUAGUUGCUUUGCAGAACGUGCCCGAGUUAACGAUAUAAAACUCCCCGAGAUGUACUCGUUUCUGACUCGAGGAUAGAGUCGAUGAUCUACGCAGUUGUUACUUCUAAGCUCACGAUCGCCUCUCUGUCAACCACUUGCUAUGCGACUGGCUACUCCGACAAUGUAAGAACGCGUUUAUAUUUCAAAUCCAGUAUUACCCGAGCUGUUGGUUCUUCAAAUUCCCCCCUCUAAUUCUCGCUCGGUUCGAACCUGUUUUCAAGUUCUUCCUCGAUAUCGCGGCCGAGUUAACGCCAACGAAUAAAGAAACUGUGACAUUUGAAAGUUCGCUUAAAUUAAGCGUUUCGUCAUACCGAAUCAUCAUAAAUAACGUCGAUAUCCCGUUUUGCAUUUUUUCUUGUACAAAAAGGUUAAUAAGAAACGUGACUUGACUGGCCGUUCGAGGAACGGCUGUCUUUUAACGCGUCGGUAAAUGCCAGUAAGCUCGAACAAAAAGAAACCGCAUCCUGUUUUUCCAUUGAAGAAACAAUUAAUGAAAAAGUUCGAUGCCCAAGCGAUGAGAGAAAUCGUACGUUUAUCUACUAACGAGAACAUAAGGCUGUGGAAAGGCUGGUUCGUUUGAACGACAGUCGAGUGCGAGAAAAGAAAGGGAGGAUACUUCAUUUUUGCGUACGGUUCGAGAUAAAACGAUACAAGAUGAAGCUUGAAGGGAAUUGUUCGCGCGAAGAUAACACCAAUGAGAUUCUGUUGCAACCUAGGAAGAAUUCGGGGACGCGUUUGCAAAUUGUACCUGCACAGCCGAAAACGAUCACUCACCUGCCGAAGAGACCGCCGGUCGAUCUAGCGUUCACCGAUCUCACUUACAGAGUGCGGGAAGGCGGGAAAAAUAAUGUAAAGACAAUCCUGAAAUCUGUGAGUGGAAGGCUCCGAUCUGGACAACUGACGGCUAUUAUGGGGCCUUCCGGUGCAGGAAAGUCUACUCUUUUAAACAUCCUCACCGGAUACAAGUCAACAGGUGUGGAGGGGAGUAUCACAAUGAACGGCCACGAAAGAAACCUUAGUGCCUUCAGAAAACUGUCCUGCUACAUAAUGCAAGAUAAUCAACUUCAUGCGAAUUUAACCGUGGCCGAAGCUAUGAAGGUUGCUUCGAACCUUAAACUGGGAUCGCACGUUAACAAGGCGGAAAAAGAAGAAGUGAUUCAGGAGAUCCUCGAAACACUUGGUCUUUCCGAGCAUCGCCGAACCAUGACUUCGAACUUGAGCGGUGGCCAGAAGAAAAGGCUUUCCAUCGCUCUCGAAUUAGUCAAUAAUCCGCCUAUAAUGUUCUUCGACGAACCCACCAGUGGUUUGGACUCGUCGUCUUGCUUUCAAUGUAUCUCGCUCUUGAAGACUUUAGCCGGAGGUGGAAGAACGAUAAUAUGCACCAUUCAUCAGCCUAGCGCUAGGCUUUUCGAAAUGUUCGAUUCUUUGUACACAUUGGCGGAAGGACAAUGCGUGUAUCAGGGAUCCACGUCGCAAUUAGUGCCUUUCCUUAGAAAUAUCGGGCUUAACUGUCCAAGUUACCACAAUCCGGCCUCUUUCAUUAUCGAAGUAUCUUGCGGGGAAUACGGGGACAACAUCAGAAGCUUGGUGAGUUCUAUAAAAAAUGGAAAAUACGAUAUCCAAGAAGGAUAUCCGUUCCCUGAUAAUAAAUCGGAGGGACUUAAUAACGCGUCUAGCGAAGCAUUCCCGAAAGAUGCGGCCAGCGAAGAAAAUGCCGAGAUGAAAAAUAAAAACGACGUGAGCAAUUUGGAGGAAAAGUUUCACGAUGAUACCGUCAAGGAGAUGAACAAUAAGGGAAUUAUUCCAUCUUACGCAACUAACGAUAUUGCGAAACAAGUAGAGGUAGCGAUACCGAUUAAUAUGGAAAAAAAGGAUAACGCUCAAGUAGCCUUACUCGAUGAAUCAAUUAUAGUUACUACAGAAAGAUAUCCCACGUCCGAAUGCCAGCAGUUUUGGAUCGUCUUAAAGCGAACUUUACUUUUCAGCAGAAGAGAUUGGACACUUAUGUAUCUUCGACUGUUUGCCCAUAUUCUAGUAGGAUUAUUGAUUGGCGCACUUUAUUACGACAUUGGAAACGACGGUGCUAAAGUACUUAGCAACCUUGGAUUUUUGUUCUUCAACAUGCUGUUUCUUAUGUACACAUCCAUGACUAUCACGAUUUUAUCUUUUCCGCUAGAAUUACCAGUGCUUCUGAAAGAAAAUUUUAACAGAUGGUACUCCCUCAAGGCCUAUUAUUUAGCGAUAACUGUGUCAGAUAUACCAUUCCAGGCGGUAUUCUGCAUCAUGUACGUGACAAUUGUGUACUUUCUGACAAGUCAACCUACGGAUGGUAUGCGAUUCAGUAUGUUCUUGGGAACGUGUCUGCUAAUUUCUUUUGUCGCGCAAUCAGUUGGACUGGUGGUGGGAGCAGCGAUGAAUGUACAGAACGGUGUAUUCUUAGCUCCGGUUAUGUCUGUACCGUUCCUUCUGUUCUCUGGCUUUUUCGUUAGUUUCGACGCCAUUCCUGUAUACCUUAGAUGGAUCACUUAUCUGAGUUAUAUCAGAUACGGUUUCGAAGGAACUGCGCUAGCCACCUACUCGUUUGGUCGACAGAAAUUGAAAUGUUUUCAGAUUUACUGCCAUUUUAAAAAUCCGGAGACAACGUUAGAAGAACUGGAUAUGCUCGAUGCUGAUUUUACUCUCGAUAUUCUUGCCCUGCUUUUGAUAUUCGUCAUUCUUCGAAUCGCCGCCUACCUAUUCCUUCGUUGGAAACUGAAGACUGCACGAUAGAUCACCAGUCUGCAGAUUGUUGUUGUCAAUUUAAUAAUGUUCAAGCGUAUAACACUUUUCUAAACAAGCUCCGAAGAGCUCUACGGCGAUAAUUCCAUUUUUUAAGCAUCGUUGUAUACGCGAUUAACAACUUGGUGUUCCUUGGCUAUCGAAAACUAUUGUCCUCGGAAUUUUGUCAACCGUCGAGAGAAGUUUACGAUCGGUAUACGUUGAAUUUAUAAGAUUUAGGUUAAUAUCAUUUAUUCGUCUCUAUUAGCUUUAUAACGACAGUUUUACGGUAAUCAUUUCGAGGUGUUCGUUCAGGGCACUUUUCCGUCUUUUCAAUUCAUUUAAUUACGCACAAUAGAAGAAACUGCUAACAGUGCACGUAAUUUACACACGAUGAUCUCGAAUCGAUCGCACAAGUGUGUGUAUUGGAAAUUUCAGGGGAGGUGGAAAACGGGGGGAUGAUAGUUAAUAGAACGGAAUAGUUUGGAGUGAUUGGAAUGCAAUCGAGAAAAAUCUUUGCAAUUUUAUUCUCCGUGAAAGAAAUCAGAGGCCUUAAUUGUCAACGUGUCGCGAGCGAUCCACACUUUUUAACCACCUAUGGCUGUGAGUUUGACGAUGCACGCAGGAGUGUUACGGAAGGUAAAAGUGCGACGAAUUUUAUAUUUUUCAUCUUCAACGUGGAUACGAUGUUUGACCAAUGUUGUUCUUCACGAAGAACGAAGAUAAACAACGUAAUCGUAACUAUCUUGCCAGGCUUACCGUUUAUAUCUCGAAUGUUCAAUUUUAUACACGACGUUGCGUACACGUAGUUUCGAGAUUUUUUAGAAUCUCUUUUACGCGUACCUCACACACCGACUUAACUUUAUGUAAAUAGUUGGGUAAACGAAUAAAGGAUCGACUAGUAGUACUUUAACGUAAAGAACAAGUUUGCUAUCGCGUCAGACUGCUCGAUGGGAUUACAAUUGUUAGAAUUUCUCGGCGCGUGUUUGCCAGGGAACUAUGUAUGAAUGAUGUGUUAGCAAUGAUGGUUUUGAAACGAACUCGGCUGCUGAGGAAACGGACUUCUCUCAGCAGAACAAUAGACGGUGACGCGUACAUUUUCGGAUAAUUUCUAAUUCUAAUUUCUAAAUCCCCGGAUGGUGGGGAUGUAUCGGCAACAAUCCCCAGUUUACAAACAAGUUUAGAUGUAUUUUCAGAGAAGGGGCAAAACCUGGCUUUUCCCAAAAAUGUACGUCGCUGCCGUGGUGAUGUUUCUGUCCUAACGGAAGUGAACUGUUUAUACGUUACAUUCGUGGCUUUACGACACGUCAAUCGGUACUAGAAAUAUAUUUCAAGGAAAAUUCGGUACAAGGGGUUUAAGGAUAAGAGACACCGAAAGCUAGGGUAGACGCGUCCGUGUCGUAAAACCAGAAUCUUAAUCUUACACAUGUUUUUGAGGCUGUUUUGUGCUUGCGAACGAUCGUGUUGGGGGCAUUAUGCGACCGGCUAGGCCGAUCCGACACCGAUAAUUUAAGAUACGAAGACACCGAUUUAAGAUACGCCUUCGUUAACCACUCAACAGACGAACUUACGUUUUAUAGGAAGAUUAAUUGGAAAUCUUAGGUUCGUCGUAACACCUCCAAUUAACGUGUCUCUUGUACAAGUGUAUAGAGGACAUUUUUUAAGCGAGUUUACCACAUGUAAAAGUGUAAGUCGCAUAGGAAUAAAGUACCUUUGAAAAAUUGAUUUUAAAGUUCUUGGAGAGGUUGAGGUGUUUAGUUUUAACAACAGAGACUCGAGCCAUAAGACGUAACAGCAAACCUUCAGAUGUCCCGAUACAAUAUUCGACAGUAGCCGUAUUAGAAAUGUGAUAAUCCUUACGCUCGAAGGAUGUUUAACACGACUCUCUCCAGGCAAUAUCGAGUGUUAACGAAGAACGGGGAAUCGAAACGUUCGAUUUCUCUGUUUCCUUCUUUUUUUUUACUAAUAUCGACUAACUCGACGAAUGUACUUUAAUGGGAAAUACGUUUGUAUCUAUUUACAAAG